AUGUCAGUCUACGGCAACGUGAAGUCUCAGGAAAGGCACUCACACGCAGCAAGCAGUAGGACAGACAUAUUUUCCAGAGAGGACAAACAACGCGCAGCAGACAUGCUGGCCAGACAUCUUCAGUGGGAGAAGAAUCCCGGUGAUAAUAUGGUAUCUUGGACAGCCUCAUUGUUGUUUGCACUGGUGUAUAUCUUCCUCCGUGCCAGCAUACACAAUGAAGCGACUUUGGAUGAGAUACAGCUUUUAGUUGUUGAUACGUCAAGCUUUCCAAAGGGAGUCUUUAUGCGAGAUCUGGACCUCACGUCUGAUUUUAGUUCUAUUGACCGAAACCUUCAGAAUCACAAACGUUUACGUUCUAAGCAAACCUCGGGAUUAUAUUAUGAUUUUGGAGAGUAUCUGUCACAAGGUGCGCUGAAGAUCGACGGUCGUUGCCAAAUUGUCUCGGCGCGGAGUAUCAUCAACAGGGGAUUGUGUGACAUCCGACUAGAAUUCAAAGAGUUUUCAAACUGGAAACAGGGUCCGGAGUUUGCACGUUGGGCAAGUGCCGUUCUUGAAAUGCGCGAAGUCUUCUAUUGCGACGACACAGAACGACAGGGAAUUAGUGAAAAGGGAAUGUUGGCAGCUUUGCGUAUCUCCAGCCAGCUGGACCUCAUUUCCGAGUGCCCAUAG